ACUAUAUUACCAAAAAAAGAGUACAAUAGAAAGAUGGAGCCUGGAUCUACAGUGGAUGCAGUGAGGAGCCAAAGGGUGCUGUGUGGUAAUAGCAUCUGUCCAGCAGUCAUUGUCAUCAAGGAUGGGAAAAUCCUCAGCAUCCACCCUGAUUCUGAGUUACCCUUCAAUGACAAAUGGAAGGUGCUGGAUGUGGGCAACAAGCUGGUCAUGCCGGGUGUUGUUGACUGUCACGUCCAUGUGAACGAGCCAGGGCGCGUCAGCUGGGAGGGCUACUGGACUGCAACCCGAGCAGCAGCUGCAGGAGGGGUCACGACCAUAGUGGACAUGCCCCUAAACAGCAUUCCCCCUACAACCACCUUGGAGAGCUUCAGGGAGAAGAUGCAGGCAGCUGAAGGACAGUGCUUUGUGGAUACAGCAUUCUGGGGAGGGGUUGUCCCAGGCAAUCAAUGGGAACUGCGGCCCAUGAUCCAGGCAGGAGUUGCUGGCUUUAAGUGCUUUCUUAUCCACAGUGGUGUGGAUGAGUUCCCCCACGUCACUGACGGUGACCUGCACAUCACUAUGAAGCAGCUGAUGGGCACCGGUAGCGUCCUCCUGUUUCAUGCUGAGAGGGAAAUUCAGACCAUACCUGUGAAAGAUGAAGAUCCUUGUGAAUACUCCACAUUUCUGAGAUCAAGGCCAGAUCUCAUGGAAAUAGAGGCCAUACGUACCAUCACUCAGCUCUGCUUGCAGUAUCAGGUUCGGUGCCAUAUUGUGCACCUGUCCUCUGCUCAGCCACUGAAGCUCAUCCAGGAGGCACGGCAGGCUGGUGCUCCCCUCACUGUGGAGACCACCCAUCACUACCUAAAUCUGUCUGCUGAGCACAUCCCCCCGGGAGCCACACAGUUUAAAUGUUGCCCUCCUAUCCGUGGAGAAGCAAAUCAGGAACAACUUUGGUUAGCACUGAAAACUGGACAGAUUGACAUGGUGGUGUCAGACCAUUCCCCCUGCACUCCAGAUCUCAAGAAGCUGGAGACUGGAGAUUUUACUCAAGCCUGGGGUGGGAUCUCUUCCUUGCAAUUUGGUCUGUCACUGUUCUGGACUACAGCUAGUCAGAAAGGAUUCUCCCUGUCUGAUGUGGUACGAUUACUCUGCCAAAAGCCAGCAGAGCUCUGUGGCCUUGGCAACCAGAAGGGAUGCCUUUUACCGGGCCAUGAUGCUGACCUUGUGAUCUGGGAUCCUGAGAAGGAGUCUGAGGUGACAGCAUCAUGUAUACACCAUAAACAUAAGCUGACACCAUACCUUGGCUGCAAGCUUCGAGGGGAAGUGUGUACUACCCUUCUAAGGGGGAGGAUCAUUUACAGUCACGGCUUCUUCUCCCCUCAACCUCUUGGGAAACACCUUCUCAUCAGCCAGCCACAAUCACAGGCAUCACUGUGAAGGAGGACAUAACUGUGUUUUACUAUAAGUGAUUCUCAUUUAAGUGUUUUUGUUGUAUCGCAUGUGUCAUCAGCUGUAAACAAAGACUUGAGGCUUUGAACACCUUUAAAAUAUUAACUUUAAGUC